AUGACCGUCCCGCCGGUGAUGGAGCUUACGGAGGAGGAGAAAGAGGCCAAGCAGUACUUCAUACGUCUUUUUGCGGCCUUCAGCAAACCGUGCGAUGUUGGAACUGGGGCGGAUCUGGACACACGCCUGCCAGCCUGGUUCGAUGAGGCCAAAUUCAAACGCGGUCAAAAGUUCUACAGCGACAACCGGUUCGGUAUCCUACAGGCCAACUUCUGCAGUCUGCUAGUGCUGUUGGCCGAUCCGAAAGGGCUUCGCAUUCUGGAGCACACGAACAAGUCGAAUACGACGGAGACAGCCCGCAAGCGCUACAUAUCCACGUUUCUGCACAUGAGCGACUGGUACGAGUGUGAGCUGGUGCCGGGAUCAAAAUCAUGGAAAUCCCUGUCGCAGGUUCGCCGCAUGCAUCUGAGUGCCUCAAAUAGCGCCAAAAAGCGUAACCUAGGGUUCAUCAGCCAACCGGAAAUGGCGCUCACCACGUUUGGCUUUAUGGGAUUCCCGUUGGUGCGACCGCAUCUGCUCGGCGUUCGCUAUAACAAUCGCGAGGAUCGCGAAGCAUUCGUGCACUUUUGGGCGGUGAUCGGGUUUAUGCUCGGUGUUGAGGAUGAACACAACAUGUGUCUGUUCCGGCUGGAGGUGGUCGAGAUGAUCUGUCACGUUGUAAUCCGUUACGUGUUCGUACCUGCGCUCCAGCUCGAAACACAACUGCUCCGCCACAUGAUGGGUGCUAUCGUGGAUGCGUUCAUGCCCUACAUGCCGUUUCUCUCGUACGAAAGCAUCAUGUUUUUGACGCGUCGCCUUGUUGGCAUUCCUGGCUACCAGUACGCGCUGGACUUACAAAAGGAGUACAUCUGCCGACCGUUGCUAACGAAGGAGGAACUGGAUGCGACGCUGGAGUACAUAUCACCGCGGGACGGCUACCGCCAGGUGGAGGCGAUGUAUCGUGCGAUAUUCACUGAUAAGCUGCGGCUGUACACGGUCAAGGAGCUGCCGGAUGAGAUCAACCAGAACUACGUGGACACGGUACUGACAGGUGCCAACGGUACAUACACACAACUCCCAGUUGAAGAGGAGGGCAACCAUUCGCAGCAUAAAAAAUCUUCCGAACAUCAGUUGCGAGAGUUGUUAGGCUUAAAGCACAACCAAGAAUUGGUGGAGACGACGGUUGAGGACGAGCUCGAGUGGAACACGUACAGGAAUGAUAGCAAGCUAAAGCUUCUUCCGGACCGCGAUCAAACCAACAUUCGGUUGACGAUACAGUGUCUUAAUCUCUGUUACACCACGAUUGGACGCUUCACAAACGAAAUGGCCCUAUCGUUCAUACUUUACCGAUUGAAGCGCCUGCACGGAAAGUGA